ACCAUCAUGCACCAGUCGCUCGAGAUUCCGGAGAUUGUGCGCCUAAUCAUUGCACAGUUCGCCGCUGGGGCAAAGCACGCGUCCAAUCUGCGUUCUCUCGGCCUCGCAUGCAGAGCCUUUCUCGAGCCGGUUUUGGAUGAAAUGUGGCACACCCAAAUCAACCUCACGGGAUUCCUCCGCACCUUCCCCGCCGACGCGAUGCGGGUGGAGUAUAGCCAGACAGCGAGUGAAUGGGACGUGCAAAUUCUGCGCCCGCUGGUGCCAACUGACUGGGAACGGCCGCUGUUCUAUGCCCACCGCGUUCGCUCGUACCGCGCGUUCGAGGACCACAGACGAAACUUUGCAGAAGUGCUGGGAAUACUCAGCACCUCCCUCCCCGACGCGCAUUCUGGCCUCCUUUUCCCCCGUCUCGAUUCGCUGGUAUGGAGCCAUUCGAAUGCUUCAACGUGCUUCUACAUCACCCUCUUCCUCGCGCCCACGCUACGGAUGCUGAACAUGGCGUCCCCGCUGUUGGUGUCCCUGCUACCACGACUGCCUGGACGGCUCCCGCAUAUCGAAAUUGUGACCAUUAACUUGGGUCUCGUCAAAGAGGCCACAUACGGGCCCCCGAUGUCCCUCUUCAUUCAAAAUCUGACAUCUAUUGUCGUCUUGAAUAUUCCUGUCGCCGCCUGGCAAGAUCUUAUACAUCUCUCUGGUCUGCGGCGUCUCAUGGCGCUGGCCAUCGGGCAGCUCGUGGGUCCUACUCCCCAGGAAAUCGAGGCCCGUGCCCCUUGGCGAUCUGAUGCGUUCUCGACGCUACGGUCACUAACGUUCACCUCAGCGCCGAUUAAAGCUGUGUCGGCGUUCUUUGAAGCCAUCUCUUCCGUGGAGCUGGAGAAACUUGACAUUGGGCUCAACUGUCUGGCGUCCACGGCCGCAAUUGGAUCACUGUACCUAUUAAUCGCUAGCCGCUGCUCGCCCGCCACCCUGACGACAUUCUGUCAGCGGACAAAACUCCUAGAUGGGAGGGAAAUAGACGACGCCGAGAUCCCGCAAAAACGGAUCAACGUUGCUGCUCUGCGGGAGCUCAGGGUCCUCCGCGGGUUGAAAAAGCUCGCAAUAAGCUCUCCCGCUGGCUUUGACCUCAACGACGCGGGGAUGACCGACAUUGCGCAUGCAUUUCCCCAGCUCGAAGAGCUUGUCCUCGCGGACCCCAUCCCCGACAGCGACGAGCUCGACGACGACGGCCAGCGGCCAACACCGCUCACCGUUACGCACGUCACCCUUGCGGGCCUCCGCACGCUGGGUGAGCACUGCCCAAAACUGUUCCGGCUCGGGCUCUCGUUCGAUGCGAGCAUCAUCCCAACGCCGCGACAGCCUACCCGGGGCAAGCUACGCGGGCCCUUCAGUGCGCUGGCCGAGCUCCACGUCCGAAACUCGGUCCUCGAUGACUCCAUCGGUGUCGCGCGAUUCCUGUCCGGUGUCUUUCCCGGGGCACAGAUCAUGUCAGACGAGUACGGUGCACUGCCGCUGAGCGAUCACUGGGAGUCAGUGCUGGAACUCUGGGAGCCGUUUGUCGCGGCGCGGCAGGAGGAGAGAGAGUGGGCACGACAUGAGCUUGAGCUUGAAUUACAGUCCGACGACGCAAUGGUAGAGUAA